CAAACACCCAUAUUUUUCACUCCAUAAAACGCACUUUUCCCCCCCAAAAAAUGGGGGGGAAAUGCCUGUGCAUCUUAUGGAGCGAAUAUGUAGCGGCCAGCACAGUAUUCCCACCGCCGUGUUAGAAUACUGGGCCGGCCGCUCGGCUUUACUGUGCAAAUGAACCUGCUCUUUCGUCCUUCCUGUUCCUCGGUCCAGCGGUGUCCUGCUUCCAUCGGCCAUCUUCUCUCCCUCUUGCCGGAUUCUUCAAUGUGCGCACCCGGCUGUGACAGCUUACGGCUUCACAGCCGGGUGCCCACUGCGCAUGCGCGAGAAGCCCUGCGCUUUGUGAAUGGCCCUGUAGUCGUGUGUGGGACCUGUCACGUGUCCCACAACACUACGGGGGGGUGGUUCAACUCCGCAGAAGUGGGAGCGGGUACCUUCUCUGCUCAUCUCCUGUACUAUGUCUGCAGUCUCUGGUCAUCUCCUGUACUAUGUCUGCAAUCUCUGGUCAUCUCCUGUACUAUGUCCGCAGUCUCUGGUCAUCUCCUGUACUAUGUCCGCAAUCUCUGGUCAUCUCCUGUACUAUGUCCGCAGUCUCUGGUCAUCUCCUGUACUAUGUCUGCAGUCUCUGGUCAUCUCCUGUACUAUGUCCGCAGUCUCUGGUCAUCUCUGUACUAUGUCCGCAGUCUCUGGUCAUCUCCUGUACUGUGUCCGUAGUCUCUGGUCAUCUCCUGUACUGUGUCCGCAGUCUCUGGUCAUCUCCUGUACUGUGUCCGCAGUCUCUUGUCAUCUCCUGUACUAUGUCUGCAGUCUCUGAUC